GUGCCCGCCUGUCGGCUCUCGGCCACGCCCUCCCUGGGAGGGGCUUAAAGGGCCGGCUAGUCCGGUGGCCGCGGGAUGCCCCUGCGCUGACGCCCGGGGCCCGCGCUCGCCGGCGUAGACGAGCCCGGCCCGACCCCGCGCCACCAUGUAAGCGGCGCCCGCAGGCAGACGCUGGCUUCUCCGCCCGGGACCCCCGCGCCCUGCCCCGGGUCCCGGGGCCCUGGAUGAGGACACACCAUGCUGACCGGGGUGACGGACGGUUUCUUCUGUUGCCUGCUGGGCGCGCCAGCCAACGCCGUGGGGCCUCUGGAGAGCGUGGAGUCCAGUGAUGGCUACACCUUCGUGGAGGUCAAGCCUGGCCGCGUGCUGCGGGUGAAACACGCAGGACCCACCCCUGCCCCCGCCCCACGUCCACAGUCGCCUCCGGAGGCCGCCCAGGGGGACAGAUCCGGCUUGGUCCGCUGCCAGCGCCGGAUCACUGUGUACCGCAACGGGAGGUUGCUCGUAGAGAACCUGGGCCGGGCGCCGAGAGCUGACCUCCUGCAUGGGCAGAAUGGCUCCGGGGAGCCGCCGGCCGCGCUGGAGGUGGAGCUGGCCGAUCCGGCGGGCAGCGAUGGCCGCCCGAACCCGGGCAGUGCGGGCAGUGGCAGUGGCAGUGGCGGGCGGCGGCGGCGAGUGCGGCGCCCCAAGAGGACCAUCCACAUUGACUGCGAGAAGCGCAUCACUAGCUGCAAGGGCGCGCAGGCCGACGUGGUGCUGUUUUUCAUCCAUGGUGUCGGCGGCUCUCUGGCCAUCUGGAAGGAGCAGCUAGACUUCUUUGUGCGCCUAGGCUAUGAGGUGGUGGCACCUGACCUGGCGGGCCACGGGGCCAGCUCUGCGCCCCAGGUAGCCGCAGCCUACACCUUCUACGCGCUGGCCGAGGACAUGCGGGCAAUCUUCAAGCGCUAUGCCAAGAAGCGGAACGUGCUCAUUGGGCACUCCUAUGGCGUCUCCUUCUGCACGUUCCUGGCUCACGAGUACCCCGAGUUGGUGCACAAGGUGGUGAUGAUCAACGGCGGGGGCCCCACGGCGCUGGAGCCCAGCAUCUGCUCCAUCUUCAGCAUGCCCACGUGCGUCCUGCACUGCCUGUCGCCCUGCCUGGCCUGGAGCUUCCUCAAGGCCGGCUUUGCCCGCCAAGGGGCCAAAGAGAAGCAGCUGCUGAAGGAGGGCAAUGCGUUCAACGUCUCGUCCUUCGUGCUGCGGGCCAUGAUGAGCGGCCAGUACUGGCCGGAGGGCGACGAAGUUUACCACGCCGAGCUCACGGUGCCCGUCCUGCUUGUCCACGGCAUGCACGACAAGUUUGUGCCAGUGGAGGAAGACCAGCGCAUGGCGGAGAUCCUGCUUCUGGCCUUCCUGAAGCUGAUCGAUGAAGGCAGCCACAUGGUGAUGCUCGAGUGCCCCGAGACGGUCAAUACGCUGCUGCACGAGUUCCUGCUGUGGGAGCCGGAGCCCUCGCCCAAGGCUCUUCCCGAGCCCCAGCCCGCGCCGGUGGAGGAGAAGUAGCCGCUGGCCAGCGGGCAUCACUUGGUGAGCAGAGCCGCAGUUAGGCCGGCCGGAGCGGGAGCCAGCGCCGCCGCUGCAGCGCAGACCACCUGGGCGGGCCUUCGCCUCAGUGGGCGGGGUCUGGUCAGGGAGACGCCCCCAGGCCGGGUAGGGCGUGGCCUCGAGAGAGCCAGGUGGACUCUCCGCUCUGCUUAGGUCCUGCGGAGCCCAUCGGUGUUUCUGGCCGUAGCCAGGACCCCGCGGAGGAUGACCUUGUACAGACGCCCCCUUCCCCCUCCCAACGCCACGGCCUAGGCAGGCCUCCCACCCCGCUCUGUCUUCCGUGUCAGCUGUGCUUGAUCCUAGGACCCAGAGCCCCGCAGGGACCCUCGCUGUCCCUUCCUAUUGCCCAAGACUCCCUCCCCACCCCAUUCCUCGGCGCUGGGAGCUACUGCUACCCAAGGGGGGAGGGACUGGGGAAGGGGCCACCACCACCAAACUUGCCCAUCUCAACUUGUAAAUCAAUAAAGAGAAGUGACAAUCGGA